CACGUGAUUCGACUGCUCAGGUCAGAGUUCAUGUUGACAUCCGCAGACUCGCUACUCUCUGCUAACAAAUGGCUGAAUUAGACGUCGGGAAACACUGUCGGAUCGAUUCGUGUAAUCUGAAAGAUUUUCUUCCAUUUGUUUGUGAUUCAUGCAGUGGUGUUUUCUGCCUUGAGCACAGAAGCAGAGAGGCCCACUCGUGUCCAGAGGAUACUCAGAAUAGAGAACAGAGGGAACCAAGGGCUGCUGGAGGCAGUACAAUCUAUCCUUGCUCAUUUGAAGACUGCAAAGGAAAAGAACUGUUGCCAGUAAUAUGUCCGCAGUGUGAAAAACAUUUUUGUUUGGCCCAUCGUCAUCAAGAUGAUCACAAGUGUGAGAAGUUGGAGGUCCCAAAGCCUCGAAUGGCAGCUACUAAAGAGCUGGUGCAAAAGAUAGUGGAGUCAAAGGAUGGAUCCAAAAGCAAAGGGCGUAAAGGAGCAAAGAACAGUGCUACCGCAGCUAAGGUGGCAUUAAUGAAGCUGAAACUUCAUGCUGCAGGAGACAAAGGACUGCCACAGACAGAGAGAACCUAUUUUCAGGUUUAUCUCCCCAAAGAAUCCAAAGACUCCAGCCAACCCAUGUUCUUCAGCUCUAAAUGGAGUGUGGGAAAAAUGGUGGAUUAUGCAGCCUCUUUAGCAAGCCUUAAAAACAACAAUAAUGUACUGACAGCUAAGAAGCUUCGGUUAUGCCAUCCUCAGACUGGUGAGGCAUUACGUAUGGAUGACACCCUGCUCUCACUGCUGGCUCAACCAGAAACUCCCUUGUACAAUGGGGGUAAUGUGAUCCUGGAGUACCUGGAUAAUGAGUGCACAUGUGUGGAAGAUAUUUCAAAUUAUAUCACACAGACAUGACGAAUCAAUGGAUUUCUUUGUAUUGGAUUUAUAUCUAUGUCAAUAAAUUCUUGUUUUGACUUUA